AUGGCCAAGAACGUCCUACAGAAGGAGCAAUUCGUCAAGCUCAUCGUGGGCGCUGGCCAGGCCAGUCCCAGCCCGCCGGUUGGUCCCGCGCUUGGUAGUAAGGGUGUCAAGAGCAUGGACUUUUGCAAGGAAUUCAACGCUCGUACGGCCCAUAUCAAUGUUGGCGUGCCCAUCCCGGCGCGCGUCACCGUUCGUCCUGACCGAUCCUUUUACUUCGACCUACGCACCCCGACCACCACCUACCUCCUGCUGAACGCUGCAAAUGUGGAGCCACGCAAGAACCGCCUGCGCGGCGCGAUGAAUCCCGGCCACGAGACCUGUGGCCAGAUCUCGUUGAAGCACGUCUAUGAAAUCGCCAAGAUCAAGCACUCCGAGACCCGGUUAUCUGGGCUGAGCCUGCAGGGCUUGUGCAAGAGUGUCAUCUCGCAAGCCAAGUCCAUCGGCAUCCAGGUGGUCCCGUGA